AUGGCAGCGUCCCAAGCCGCGCCCACCCCAUGCAAUACCCCGAUCAACCCAUCCAAACCCCCUCUCCCCAUACGUCCCCCAAUAGACCCAACCCUCGAGCACAUCGUUUCCGCCUUUCCCAUCCCUGAUGAUCUACAUCUCGACCUGAUGCGCGGCAUGAACCUCGUCCCAGAGGGCGAACCCAACCCCUUUGCCUACAGCGCCGCAACGGUCCUAGCCGCGCAUCCAAACUACACGCACAAGGACUACACAAUCACCGGUGUUGAUGGGAACGAGAUUGAGUUGUCUGUAUUCACACCACGCGUGGGAUCGGAACCGGCCUCAAAAGAGGAAGAAGACGCAAAGACAGAGGCAGGGACGACACAUGGAGAAGCACAAGAACGAGAUCCACAGGCAAAACCCUCCUCAUUACCAGCACUCUACCACAUCCACGGCGGCGGCCUAGUCUCCGGUGACCGCUUCAGCGGCGUCUCAGAAACCCUUUCCCUCCUCCCCCCAUCCACCCCAACAAUCCUAAUCUCCAUCGCCUACCGUCUCGCGCCCGAAACUCGCGCCCCAGGGGGUGCAGAAGACUGUUACUCUGGCCUGCGAUGGGUCUUUGCCAACGCUGGUACCCUGGGCGUGGAUGUAGAGCGGGUGAUUGUAUACGGUGUCAGUGGAGGCGGGGCCCUAGCUGCAUCCCUGUGUUUAAUGGUGAGAGACCGAGCAAAUACUCAAAGCGACGGGGCUACGGACAAGCGGGUAAUGGGAAAUUCGCCAAGCAAAGACGAAGAAAAAGUAACCAUCAGAAUCAAAGGCCUUCUCCUCCACACCCCCAUGCUCGACGACCGCUGCACUUCCACCUCAGACACCCAGUUCCACACCAACAGUCCUUGGAGCGGCACCUCCAACGCACAAGCCUGGGACCUCGCCCUCGGCCCCGGCGUCCGUGGCACGUCAGCUGUCACGCCGUACCAGGCGCCUGCGCGCGAAACCCAGUAUACGGGCUUGCCGCCAAUGUACGUGGAUGUAGCCGAGUGCGAGGUUUUCCGCGAUCCCGCGGUGCGGUGGGCGAGUGAGGUGUGGAAGGCGGGCGGGACGUGUGAGUUGCAUGUUUGGCCGGGGGUUUGGCAUAUCUUUGAUAUGAUGGAUGGCAGUGAUUUGCCGAGUGUUGUGCAGAGUUCGGUGGCGGCGAAGAAGAAUUGGUUGGGGAGGAUGGUGGGGGGUCGGUGA